GUUAAAGGUUCCUGCUGCUUGGGCUUUCCCUGCCUGUUUCCGUGAUCGUUUAUUGACUCUUCCUGUCUAUAUUCCAGGCCAUGGACGCAAUCCUUCAAAAUUGUUGUUUUUGAUAUCAAUAGAUUUCGGACUGAGAACUGGUGAAAGAGUUAACAAGAGGCUGGAACUGGAUCUGUUGCCAAAUCUGGUUGAGGCUUGUUGGCCGGUUAAUGCAUAGAGUAAAGAAGGUCAAACUUGAAGACGAAACUGAAGGUAGUUGGAAAAGUUUUACAGCUGUCAGAAUGACUGCGGUGGAUGAGCUCUCAGACAGUACAGAGGUGGUGGAGAUGGAGGAUGUCCCCUCCCAGUUCUUUGUAGAGAAACACUCUUGGGACGGCUUGCGUGACAUCAUCCACAGCAGCCGCAAGUACUCUGGAAUGAUUGUCAACAAAGCGCCUCAUGACUUCCAGUUUGUGCAGAAACAGGAUGAGUCAGGUCCCCACUCCCACCGACUCUACUACCUCGGAAUGCCCUAUGGAAGCAGGGAAAACUCACUACUUUACUCUGAAAUUCCCAAGAAGGUUCGGAAAGAGGCCCUCCUGGUGCUAUCCUGGAAACAGAUGCUGGAUCACUUUCAGGCAACGCCCCAUCAUGGGGUCUACUCCCGGGAAGAGGAGCUCCUGAGAGAGAGGAAGCGGCUGGGAGUCUUUGGGAUCACGUCGUACGACUACCACGCCCACAGCGGCCUUUUCCUUUUCCAGGCCAGCAACAGCCUCUUCUACUGCCGCGACGGCGGUCACAACGGUUUCAUUCAGACCGCCCCGAUGAAGCCAGUGGAGAUCAAGACGCAGUGCUCAGGGACUCGCAUGGACCCCAAGAUCUGCCCGGGGGACGCCAGCUUCAUCGCCUUCAUCAGUAACAACGACCUAUGGGUGGCCAGCAUUGAGUCCGGGGAGGAGAGGAGGCUGACCUUCUGUCACAAAGGUCAGAGUGCAGAGCUCAUUAAAGGGUUAAACAAUGUAAAAGAGGACCCAAAGUCUGCCGGUGUGGCCACAUUUGUGAUCCAGGAGGAGUUUGAUCGGUUCACAGGGUACUGGUGGUCCCCAGCUGCAGCAGAAGACUCAGACGGAGGGAAGACUCUACAGUUGUUAUAUGAAGAGGUGGACGAGUCGGAGGUGGAGAUUAUUCAUGUGCCCUCUCCAGCCUUGGAGGAACGGAAGGCUGAUGCCUACAGAUACCCCCGCACAGGGAGUAAAAACCCCCAAAUCACCCUCAAACUGGCAGAGAUCAAGACUGACCACCUUGGCAGAAUCGUGAGCACGCAAGACAAAGAGCUGGUUCUGCCCUUCACCACGCUGUUUCCCGGGGUGGAGUACAUCGCUCGGGCCGGCUGGACCAAGGACGGCAAAUUUGCCUGGGCUGUGCUUCUGGACAGGAGUCAGCAGAGGCUGCAGCUGGUCCUGCUGCCCCCCGCGCUCUUCAUCCCGGUCUGCGAAGACCAGGCCCAGAGGCAGGAGAGCGUGGAGGCCGUGCCCGAGAGCGUCCACCCCUUCGUCAUCUACGAGGAAGUUACUGACAUCUGGAUUAACGUUCACGACAUCUUCUACCCGUUCAUCCAGACGAAUGAUGAUGAGAUCACCUUUCUCUGGGUGAAUGAGUCAAAAACAGGCUUCUGCCACCUGUACAAAAUCACAUCGCUGUUACAACCAGGCUGUUACCAGUGGUCCCGGGACUACAGCUAUACUGACGGGGAUUUCAAGUGCCCGAUAAAAGAGGAGGUGACCUUAACCAGUGGGGAGUGGGAGGUGCUGGCCAGGCACGGGUCCAAGAUUUGGGUGAAUGAAGCCACCAAGCUGGUGUACUUCCAGGGCACGAGGGACACCCCUCUGGAACACCACCUGUAUGUGGUCAGCUACGAUUCACCAGGGGACAUCGUCAGGCUGACCAAGCCUGGCUUCUCGCACAGCUGUUCCAUUAGCCAGAAUUUUGACAUGUUCGUCAGCCACUACAGCAACGUGAGCACACCUCCCUGCGUUCACGUUUACAAGCUGCAGGGUCCUGAGAGUGACCCGUUGCAUAAGGAGCCUGAGUUCUGGGCUAGCAUGAUGGAGGCGACAGGUUGCCCCUCGGAUUACAUCCCACCGGAGAUAUUUGAUUUCCCAGGAAGGUCUGGGUUUCAGCUUUAUGGGAUGGUGUACAAGCCACACAACUUGAUACCUGGCAGGAAGCAUCCCACAAUUCUCUUUGUGUAUGGUGGGCCUCAGGUCCAGUUAGUCAAUAACUCCUUCAAAGGGGUGAAGUACCUGCGGCUGAAUACCCUUGCUUCUUUAGGCUAUGCCGUGGUGGUCAUUGAUGGGAGGGGCUCGUGUCAGAGGGGCCUGAAGUUCGAAGGGGCUCUAAAAAACAAGAUGGGCCAGGUGGAGAUCGAGGACCAGGUGGAAGGCCUGCAGUACGUGGCCGACAAGUACAACUUUGUGGACCUCAGUCGCGUGGCCAUCCAUGGCUGGUCCUACGGGGGCUUCCUGUCCCUCAUGGGCCUCAUUCACAGGCCCAACGUCUUCAAGGUUGCCAUUGCGGGCGCCCCGGUAACCGUGUGGAUGGCGUAUGACACCGGCUACACCGAGCGCUACAUGGACGUGCCCGAAAACAACCAGCAGGGCUACGAGGCGGGGUCAGUGGCGCUGCACGUGGACAAGCUGCCCAACGAGCCAAACCGUUUACUCAUUUUACAUGGAUUUCUUGACGAGAAUGUGCACUUUUUCCACACCAAUUUCCUGGUGUCACAACUAAUCCGUGCUGGGAAGCCAUAUCAGCUACAGAUUUACCCCAACGAGCGGCACAGCAUCCGCUGCCCGGAGUCAGGAGAGCACUAUGAGAUCAUGCUGCUGCACUUCCUCCAGCAAUACCUCUGAUAUGGGCGCUCCGGGCCAGGCGGCACCUUCACGUCCCCCGUCACGUCACUCGCCUCCCAUCCUCGCCAUUCCUCCCGCGCUCCUCCCGCUCUCAUGGGACGCCCUGUCCCGAGCGACCGAGCGCCCCCCCCCCCCCCCCCCCCCCCCCCGCCCCACCCCCCCUAAACGUCUCUCUGCGCCGAGCUCCCUGUCCUUUUCUCCCUUGUGCUUGCUGUCUCUGCGGAUGGGCGGGUUUUGAGUCUGCUGAGUGGCGCUUAGCCCCGCGUCACAAACUGGAGCCCUUUCACCUGUAACGGAAGAAUGGAAAAAAAGGACACAAACGCAAAGUUUUGAAUCGAAACGAUAACUUGCUAGUAACUUAUAAUUUUAUUUUAUUAUGGUCAAUGUGCCACUUUCAGCUUCCUGUUUCUUUUCUGGAUCCCAGAUAAGUUUGCCAAAUGAUUUUUUUUUGUGUCCAGUCAGUGGCUUAAGAUGACAUGUAACAAAACACAAGGUAUCACGUGCACCAAACACAUUGCACACACACACACACGCACACAGACACACACACAUUUUACUCCUGUUCAUGUCUUUACAUGUAUUUCAGAGUUUCCCUUUGAUUUUGUUUUUAUUUCAGGCCCUGCAGUUAUACAUCAAAGAUAAAAUGGUUUCAUUCUGUGAGCUAAAUCUAAAACCUUGGGGGGGGGGGGGGGUGGCAAAGGGGAGGGGGAGGGUAAAUUAAUAAAAAGUGGCUCUUAGUGAAGGAAACCACCCACUACUACCUGCACCCAGUAUUUUAAGUGUGUAUUAUUAAAAGAAAAUAUUUUUAUGAAUUCUUAUUCUUUUAUAAUGAGUGUAAAAUGUAGCUGCUCAUUAAACUAUUGCAAUCUCUCUCACUUUGCUACUCUAGUUAUCUAGAACUGUUGUGGCAUUUGCAACCAUUUCCAAGAUGGCGGCUUGCCUACUUUAGGUGACUGUAAUAAAAUUAUAACUUAUAAUA